GAGCAGCGCAAGGCAGCCCGGGUAGGGCUCUAAUUCAUCACCCCGUUCAGCGGAGAGGAUGGGACGCCGCUAAACUCCCCUUCCUCCCUCCUCCCUUCCCCCUCGGCAAGCAAGCCCCCCCCCCUUCUCCCCCCUCCACUGCUCGCUCUCUCUCCCCAAGCAGUGAGGCUCGGACAGUGCUCGGCUCCAGCGCUUUAUUUUAAGAUGAUCGGCCAAGGUCUUUGCAGAUAGAUUUUAUCUGAAGUUAAAUAGCGGGCGCUCGCCGCUCCCUCGCCAAUAAGUCAUUUUUAAUAGAGACAAAUCGCCCUGGACGCCCCGGAGCGCCGGUGUCGCCGCUCCUGCCCUCGCCCCUCGCCGAAGGCGAGCGGGCAGUCCGGGCAGCUCCCUCCUCCCGUAAGUGUCCUGCUCGGCGGAGCCAGAGCGCGGCCGUGUGCGGAGAAGGGGAGGAGAGGGGGGGAGAGCCUUCCAGCCGCCCCGCCGCCCUGACAGUGCCUGCGCUGGAUGCACAGCGGUCGCGGGACACCUCGGCGCGGAGCGCGGCGAGGAGAUGCGCUGGGGCGGUGGGCUGUGCCGCGGCACUCAGCCCCUCUAGGCUCGCCCAUGGAGCACCUCGCGGAGCCCUGGCCGCCGUCGGAUCCCCCACGCCGCUGGUGAGAGCUCUGCUUGUUCUGUAAAGUGGAUGUCAGGUGGAUCUAUGUUCUGGAAGGAACAAAGAGGCAGCGAAGGCAGCGCGGGGGAAGUUUGAGCGGCGAGGAUGCAGGUUGUGUACUGGUACGCGGUCCUUCUGCUGCAGCCCACCCUCUACCUGGUUACCUGUGCAAAUUUAACAAAUGGAGGAAAAACAGAACUACUAAAAUCAGGAAGCUCCAAAUCCACACUAAAGCACAUAUGGACAGAAAGUAGCAAAGACUUGUCUAUCAGCCGACUGCUGUCACAGACUUUUCGUGGAAAGGAAAAUGAUACAGAUUUGGACCUGCGAUACGAUGCCCCAGAAACUUAUUCUGAGCAAGAUCUCUGGGACUGGCUGAGGAACUCCACAGAUCUGCAAGAGCCUCGACCCAGAGCAAAGAGACGGCCCAUCGUCAAGACUGGGAAAUUUAAGAAAAUGUUUGGCUGGGGAGAUUUUCAUUCCAACAUCAAGACUGUGAAGUUAAAUCUAUUAAUAACGGGGAAAAUCGUUGACCAUGGCAAUGGGACGUUUAGUGUUUACUUCAGGCAUAACUCUACUGGUCAAGGGAAUGUAUCUGUGAGCCUAGUGCCCCCUACAAAAAUAGUGGAAUUUGACUUGGCACAACAGACAGUGAUUGAUGCCAAAGAUUCCAAGUCCUUUAACUGUCGAAUCGAGUAUGAAAAGGUUGACAAGGCUACCAAGAACACACUCUGCAACUAUGACCCUUCAAAAACCUGUUAUCAGGAGCAGACCCAGAGCCACGUAUCAUGGCUCUGCUCCAAGCCCUUUAAAGUAAUCUGUAUUUACAUUUCCUUUUAUAGUACAGAUUAUAAACUAGUACAGAAGGUGUGUCCUGAUUACAACUACCACAGUGACACACCCUACUUCCCAUCAGGGUGAGGACCAACUUGUGUCUGAGACUGAAGCCUGGGGAAUAAGAGGUCAUAUGACAGGUCUGUAACCUCAAGGAGGAAGGCCACAUCUCUUGCCUGGAAUGUGUCUACCUGCUGCUGCUGCUGUCAAAUGGCUGCAAAUACGUUAGUGGAAAACAAUCUAAUGUAAUUUUUGCCCAGUCAGCUCCAUGUAUCAAUCUAGGUGUAAGUCACUAUGGAUUUGAAAUAAAACCAUACAUGUACACAGAGAUCCACAUACUUUUCAGCGCACAUUACUGAGAUUCCUAUUAAGAAAGCUUUCAUUGUCUCAUGUCUAAGGUUUAAGGAUAACUUCUCAUCAAGCAAAAUGGAUUUACUAGACAGAACAAGGUUUCUAACACAGACUGUUAUGGAAAUCUCCUUGAAAGUCCUUCGAGUACAUGCCAAUCAAUAAUCCCCACUCAUACAUUCUACUGCUUGAAGUAGCUGUACUGGUAAAUAAUACUGUAGGAGUAAAUACUUGUUAAAAAUGGGAAAAAUGUGUGUCUAGAGUUCAGUAUUCCUUAUUAUAUGAACACAGCAAAGCAUCAUGACUUUUUUCCAGCAUACAGUAGGCACAUUUGAGGUGGUGUUAGGUGGCUCUUUUUCCAUGGAGUGAGCCUGUUUCUAGUAAAGAUGGGCAAACAUUUGGAAUUUACAUUUGAGCAGACAUACUGGUUUCAUGUUUCUCUGACUCUUUAAGCUCUGAUUCUUUAAACUUGUUUAGGUCAGCUGAGUUACUUAAAAACUGUAAUUGAUCUCUAAGAAGGAAAAUGCCUGGUGGAGAACAUGUAAGUUAUAAGUGGCUGUCUUAUCUUUAUUACAAAAUAUUGUAACAAAUUCAAUAUCCUAGUCUUCAUUUGUAUGAAUGGUUUGUAUUGUACAUAAUUUAACCAGUGUUAUUUGAGCUGCUUACUAAUAUUAACUUGUAAUUGUCUCUCUGCUUGUUAUUGGUUAAAAACAAUCAAGGAAAUGAGGAAUCCAUUUUAUCAAUGUAGCUGUAAACUCCAUUAAAAGACAGAACUAUGUACAAAGCAUUUAUUCAGCUAAAGUAUUGUUGAAAGCUAUACAUAUACAACAUUACAGUCUGUCUGUAUUUAGAUAUUUUAUUUCCAGGGAAAAAAAUGAACUGUACAUAAAAAUAAAAAAUCUUAAAGUUGAGUUUCAA